AUGACUGAUUAUACUCUCUCAUCACCAACAACUCCUCGUGUUAGACGUUCAACAACACGAAAUUAUCGUGACUAUACCUCGUUUGACGAGGCUGAAGAAAGUGACUAUGAUAAAAGACAUAAUAAUAAUAAUGGUUCCAUUAUAAAUGGUCCUGUUAAUUCUAGGUGGAGAGCUAAUAGUAUAAACUCCACUUAUACUCCUUCUUUCACUCAAGGAAGGAGGUUUGAUAUAAACGAACCUGAUAGUAAUAAUAAUAAUUCUCGAAGAAGACGUGGAAGAAACUGGGAAACUGACGACGAACUAUUCAAAUCGAGUCAUCGUAAGUCUCUACCUCCCCAACUACCCUCUCCAAUAUCUCCUCUAUAUUCUCCUCAUAAUACUAUAGAUGAAUCAACCACUACAAGAUCUCUACUUAAUCUUCUCAACAGUGAACGUACAAAAAGGAGAGAAUUACAAAAAGAAUAUGAUUCAACUGCUGAAGCUUUACGCGAACUUCAACAAAAACAUGAUGAUGAUAUCGCUGAUAUGGAAUGUGAUAUCCAAGUCUUGAGAGAUGCCCUAUUAAAAGAAUCAAAAGCUAACACUCAAUUAAGUAAACUUCUCAGAGAAACUCGUGGAAAAUUCUUAGAAGAUAUGAAAUCUUGGGAAAAAUCUUGGAAUUUAAAAGUUUCAGAAAUGGAAGCUCAAGGAAAAGAAUUACAAAAAGCUUUUGAUGAUGCUUGGAAUCACCUUGAGAAAGAAGAAAGAGAAGUCAUUAGAUUAAGAGAAGAAAAUAAUUCUCUACGCAAACAAUUAAAUAAUAGAUCAAUUGAUCCCCCUGUUAUAAAUAGAUUAAAUCUUGAAGAUGUUAGAAAAGUCGGUUAUUUGGAAGAUAGAGAUGAUUUAUCAGUUUGUACCGAUUCUAAACAUCCUACUGAAUUUAAUGAAAUAUCUGAUACUGAAUCCGUUGCAAAUUAUUCAAAAAUCUCGGAAUUAACUGAUCGUAUUUCUGAAUUGGAAAAUGAAUUAAUCAAAUUAAAAGAAUGUAAUCAAAAAUAUGAAUUUUUAUUAAAAGAUAAAGAUGCUGAGAAACAUUCUGCCCUUAAACAACUUGAAGAAAAGUAUGAAAAAAAGAUAAAACUACUUCAUGCAAGCAAUACUAUAAAUCAAAGUACCAUCGAAAAAUUAAGUCAAGAAUUAAGAAAGGCUAAAUUUAGCGAACGUGAACGUGACCCUCUUUCAAAACUUCAACAAAAACAAUUAUACCCCUUCCGUCCUCAUACUCCUGUUAAACAAUCUUCCUCAGAACAAGAUGAUUCACGUGUACAACAAAAUAAACGUAAAAUUUUAGCCGGAAUUUCUAAUAAAGAACGUAAAAAUAGUUUGACUAGUACGAAUAGUAGUAGUUUUGCGAGCGCUAGUAAUAGAAGUGGUUGUGUUGAAGAAAAAGAUGAGAUUCCAAAUGCUAACAAUGAAUAUGUGGAAGGUGAACUUGAAUCUGAAGAAGAGGAUGAUCAUGAUGAUCGUUCUUCAUCUUUAUGUACCAGCAGCGAAGUUUGUGCUCAAAGUCGUCUUGGUAGCGAAGAAGCAACCAGCGUAACUGAUCCGCAUACCGAAUGCCAUGAUCAAUCUGAUUCUUCUUCAUUAUUAAGACAACAACAACAUAAUCGUGUAAAAAAUAAUGAAUCGGCUGAGGAUGAUAUUUUGGAUAUGUUCCUUUCAGAGAUUGAAGACUAUCGUUUACCACCUAGAGGUCAUUUUUCAGCUGCUGAGUUCACUGAUGAUGAUGAUUAUACUUUAGAUAAGUUUGAUGAUGUUUCUGUAAGUCGAAGACAUAGUAUUACAAGUAAAUCGGGAAUGGGAACAGAAGGCAGUGUGGUUUCAAAACUCAGUCAAUUCUCGAAUAUCAGCAAAGGACAAAUUAGUGAUGAUGAUGGUAUACUAUAG